AUGCCGUCCCAGUCUCUCGAGCCACUGCCUCUGCCACUCUACUCCAGAAGCACACAUUGUGCCAAGGAGACUCAUAUGCAACAGCCCUGCUUGAGACUCAGGGCACCCAAGCUGACCAGUUGGGCCUGUCCAGCCACUGACAUUUUUGACUGUCGCAACACUGUCUCCCGCCUCCAUGCCUUUCCCCAGAUUCCUGUCUCACCAUCGGCGGCCAGGGAGGAAGACCUCACUGCCGGAGUGCUGAGCACCAACGAGGACCAGGAGAUGGAGCUGGAAGCAUUGCAUUCUAUUUCUGAAGGCCAUGAAAGUUUCCGAGAACUAAAUCCAGUUUCAUUUCAAUAUAGGAUAGGUGAAAAUGGUGAUCCCAAAGCCUUCUUCAUGGAAGUUUCUUGGACUGAAACAUAUCCACAAACAGCUCCAGUAAUAUCUAUGAAUGCUUUUUUCAAUAAUACCAUAUCAUCAGCUGUAAAGCAAAGUAUUCUGGCUAAGUUACAGGAGGGAGUCAAAGUUAAUCUUGGAACUGCAAUGACAAAGCCAUUGUGUGAAUAUGCCAAGGACAGUCAAGAACAGUUCGUGGAGAAUCAUCAUCCUGUGAACUCUACGACAUCAAUAAGCAAUAUUAUUUUAGCUGAAACUCCUAAUCCUGCUCCCUCAAGUAAGAAAACAGAUAAAAAAGAGCAACUUUCAAAAACGCAGAAACGAAAGCUGGCAGAAAAGACAGAUCACAAAGGUGAUCCACGAGGCUGGAACUGGGCUGAUGUAGUUCAGCAUUUAAGCCAAACUGGUUCUAAAGAUGAUGAAUAA